AUGAAGCUACCAUUUAUGAGAAAAAAGUCUGUGGACGAGACUGCAAAACAGGAUGAAGAAGUUGGAGGAUCUUUGAGAGUGUCCAGUUUGAGGACGGAGGAAUCUCCCAAGGGGCGGCCACGACGAAACUCUGACAGUCAUGCCAACCUCUUGCCGUUAGAGGAAGCAGGCAGCGGCAGCAGUCUGGAACAACUACCAGAGCGUUUGCCUACCGAAAAGGAAAUCAAAAAGGCCAUGGCAAACAUGACACAAGAUGAGAUUUUGUCCGUCAUGGAGCAGUUCGCCAAACACCAGGGGGAUCCCAAAAAGAUUGGAUUGGAGUGUUGGAAGACCAUGCAAGCAAGGAACCAAGGAAAGAAACAGUCCUCCAAGGAAAAAAAGAUGAGAAAGGCAAAGUCCCUGGCCGCUGAUAGUCCCAGAAAGAGUCCAUCCGCUGAUAAUAAGCAGCGAAGAAGUCGAAAGAACCGAAGUGGAAAAGCCCCGAACGCGGCAGGUGUGGCCUUGCAACGAUCCGCGACAAUGCCUGCUUCUGCUUGA